AUGGCGGAGAGGCCCCGCAGCCGCAGCCGGAGCCGCAGCCGCAGCCGGAGCCGCAGCGGCGGGCGGCCCCUGGAGCAGCUGACCGACCCGCAGGAGAUGCUGGAGGAGGUGGAGCUGCAGAUCGACCACGCAGCGUUUUCAUUAACUAAACUUCUUGAGGCCGCGUCCGCUAUAUCAGUCCAAGUGGAAGAGCUGGCAUCCAAAUGUACAGAAAACGCCCGUUUCCUUAAGACCUGGCGGGACCUCCUCAAAGAAGGCUACGAUUCCUUGAAGCCCGACAACUGAUGGAACAGGAGAAGUGACAAUAAUGAUCUACCUUAGGAAACUGAGAGCAAGAUUUCUUUCUAGAUGAUCUUACGUGCAACACCGUAGACGAUAUCAGUCGACAUAUUGUAUGCAUUGGAUUUAAACAGCAAUAAUUCUGGAUCUACUGCCGCUAAUAUACUUUUUGAGACAGUAUGUUCUUGCUGUAAGAGAAAUACUGAAUUUUGGCUGGACCUGGUCCUUACCUUUUUUUCCUGUUACUCUGUGCCUAUCAAACUUUAACAGAGGUAGAGAGUGUCUGAAGUUUCGUUUUUAUAUAAGGCUACUUAAAAGAUGGCACACCUUUAACCUCAUUCUUCUGCUGGUGACAGCCUGGACAGACAUAGUUUACUGCUAUGACAGAAGAAGCUGUAGUGUACAUGCUUAAAAAUGUCAUCUUUUGUUGACGUGAUUUUGACAUAAGUAAAGGGUAUAUUAUUUCCUACUCUUCGCUUCAGAUAUAUUUUUCAAAUGGAAUUAUUGGGUAUUCUUUUCUAUGUGUAAUCUAAACCAUUCUUGAGGUGGAGAAACAUCCCUUUUCUCAGAGAUAUAAUGUAUUUUCAGUUUUAUCCUAUGAUCUGUAGUGUGGGAGCCUACCAUUUAAGUAAUCUGAUCGCCUACAAAGUGUCCUCUUGUAUUAUUUUGUAUGUUGAACUGUAUUUUUUGCUAAUUAUAAACAUUUUUGCAUUUAAUACUUUUAUACAUUUGUAUUUAAAGUGCCUUAUUCCUUGCACAGUUCUCCAUUAUUGGCCCACAGAGGUAUUUCAAUUCUCUAGGGUUAUAUAGGAAUUUGAAAAGAAUGUGAUUAUUUAUAUUUGUUGAACUGAGAUCUGUGUUGUGCAUCGUAAGGUUUCUCCUGUUACAGCAGUAUGUUUUACUCAUUUUUUAUCAGUCCUCUGUCUUGAUGGUACUGUUGCUGUCUCACCCCUCGGCCUACAAGUGCAGUGAUUUCUGGUUUUGAGGUCACCAGAAAAUGCUAGGGAAGUGAAACGGAGAAACAGUUGCUCUAAAAACACAAUGAUACAGCACACAGUAAGUGUUCAAUAAAUGUCACUGAUUGAUUAAGAAAGGUAAUAAUAGAGACAGUGCCAGACUCUGCUGCCCUUUUCCCCCCUUUUUGAAAAUAUUUUCCAGAAAAGAGGUAACUGCUUGAGAAAGGUGAUUUUCUUUUACAAGAAGAAUAAACAUGCUGAUUUUUCUAAAA